AAAAUAUGUGCAAUACACUAACGUGCCGAACGUAUAUGUUAUAUAUUUUUAUUGUUGUAAUGACGUAGAUCGCAUGACUAAUGUUUGGUAAUUAUUGUUUUGGGCCGAGGACGUGACGUGCUAGCUGGCCGCCAUGGCGUCGGCAUCCCUGACUGCGAGGUUCGCCGGCCUGGAGGUGGACGCGGUCCCGGAUGCGCCCCGGGACGUGGUCCCCCAGGAGGAGAAGAAGGAGGCGGGGUGCGCCCCCUCCGUCGUGUCCCUGCACGGCGCCGAGGGCACGACCGUCACCGAGGCGCCGGCGAGUGAAGAGGCGCCGGAGAGAGCCAAGGUCAGGCGCUCGUCCAGCAGGCAGGGGCAGAACUUCGACAUGGGCAGGCAGUUGCCGCCCCUGCAGCUCCCGUUCCCGGUGCGUCCCGUUGGCUCGGGAGGGGGGAACGUUGUGCUUGUGAACCAGUCAAACGGGGUCCAAGUGGGAGACACGGUCGUGUACAACUCGACCAACGUUACAUCGCCCUCCGGCAAGAAGUUCACUGGCUGGGGCUCCAAACCCAAAAAAAUUGACGCAGAGGAAAAGUGCCUUGAAGAUCUGCGCGCGGUGAGCGACCGUGUCACCACGGACGACAUCAGUGCCAUCAGCGCCCACGUCGGGGUCAACUGGAAGGUGCUGGGGCGCCGGCUCAGGUACACGGACGGCCAGCUGGACCAGUUCUACCUCAACUUCGAGAAGCUGCAGAUGAAGGAGGUGGUGUACCAGAUGCUGCUCGACUGGAAGCGCACGAGGACCAGCAAGGCGACCGUCAAGUCUCUCGCCAAGCACCUGUACAAGUCCAGCGAAGUGGACGCCAUGAUGGAGCUGCACAAGACAAGAUUCGACGAGCCCUGACCCCUGCCUCCACUGCAGCGGGAAGGGAAGGACGGCAUUCUGUGUAGAGUGGAACUCUUGGGCAACACUUCCUGUUCUGAUGGCGGUAAAUCCACAGCCCAAGCAUGAGAAAUUACAGCUUGUUUUAUUGACAUCGGAUCUUGUCUGGCAGUGAAAAUGUUAAUGUCAUAUGAAAUAAUGUGUUUUAAAGUUGUAAUAGUUAAGUUUUACAUGGAAAAAAAAAAGUCACUUUACUGCCAUUUUUAUUUUUGGUACACAAAAUUUAUGCUGAUUAUUUUAAAUGGAACAUGUUACAUGUUUUUUAAGCACUUUGGAUGUUGGCAUAAAUAAUUGCUAAUGAGUAGCUUCAUUUGUGCCCUACUUCUAUAUCCACUCUAUGGUAUUCUGACUGUGAACUGUGAUAAGUGUGUGGUACAUCAGUGUGAAGGUACUGUGGUGCUAUAUUGUAGUAAUGUAACACUGCAUUUAUACAUCACAAACUCAAAUAGUGCACAUUUAAAAUUGUUAUAUGUCAGGUGUAAAUUUAGUCAUAUUUUUUAUAUACAGUUUUAAUAGUUUUUUUCCCCUGGAAUUUAAGCCAGUGUUAACGAGAGAUGUACUGAUGAUAAUGUUACAUGAAUCAAGUUUACAUAGUAUAGUAGUUGAAUAAUUGUUGAAAAGUUGUAUAUAUUUUUAAGGGUUUUGCUGACCUGCGCAAGUGCUCUAGGGUGUUUGGAUACACAUUUGUUUCUUAGGAAACUACUAAAAGGAUUCAGUUUUCGCAAAAAAAUAAAAAUAAUCUUGACACUAUGUAAAUCGGAUGCCAGGUGGCGUGAAGGUUGAACUGCCAGGCUCGCCACCACACGGCAUGUUGUGCUGCAUUUACACGCCAUUAUUGCAUACCUCGGGUCAUUUCCACGAAGGUCGCACUACCGCGUUGGCUUCCUUCCUAGCCACCCUAAAACUAGCUGAACAUUAAUAUUGUAAUAAUAAUAAUAAUAAGUAACAAAAAAAAUUCUAAAAAUUUUUCAAUCAGAACUCACUGAAGUGGUUUAGAUAAAGUACAUAUUACUGAAUUUACUUGAACAUAAUGUUACUCUGAAUAUAAUGCGACCCAAAAAAUUUGAUUAUGAUAAAAUAUCCUUUAUAAAAUAUUACAGUUACAUAUUUUUUUAUAGUGGUGAAAAUUGUUGUACACUUAGAAACAAACAACCCUACAUCUACACUUUCAUUUACCCGACUCAUCUCUUAUUCAUACUUUCUGUUUGUCUAGGAAAUUCACCACUUAAGACUUAUUAGCAAUUUAAUUAAUACAAAAAAAAUUAACCCAGCAUUUUUGCUGUAGAUUUUCUCAUCGCACAGACGAAAGGUGUACAGUACAAUCCCGCCGAUGCGACCCCCCUCUGAUGCGUCCAUUCCGUUUAUACGACCGUUUUUUGAGAAACCGUGAAAAAUUUGAGCAGAGUAAGUCGAAAAUUUGAGUAAAAUCGGCUGAAAAACAAGUCUGUUACACUUUGUUGGGGGCUGUGUGUUCACGUUUAUCUUGGCGGGAGCUGUACUGUAAGCAGGCAGGCAUACAAAAGACGGCUAAAAAUAGAUACCACCCCUCUAGACUGUCACGCGGCAGUGUCUAGACGAGCUCGGCGCCACCACUAUCGCACGAAAAGCCAUCUCAGUUGUCAUGUUAUCUUACCCGCCCGGCUGCUUGACGUCAUACGUGACGUGACGCGACGCUUACCUCUCCCAUCCCCUGCUAAUUAUUCAAGGCUCAUCCCUCCCAGAGCCACAAAUCAUAUAAAAACACCCUCCCCCCCUUUUCCAACUAACGUUUCAACAAAUUCCCUCCCAUAUUUCAACCUUCUGCGUGAGAAACUGUCAACAUCCUCCUCCCCUCCCACACUGCGUGCGACAAAAGCCAGAUUGUAUAGUCCAUUCUCGGUAAAAUAAAUAUUUUUAUGGGCUUGUACAACUGUCCUUCGCCGUUAAUAAAUACUUUAUAAGUUUAAGUUAUUAUGAUACAAUUUGUUUAUUAGUCACACAGCAGUUUCUGCUGAAAAAUCACUAAUACCUCGAAUUUUAUUGAAUAGAAAAAUUUAGCAGGGCCGUAAAUAUAUUUAUUUUACUGUAUAGUUACUUUUCCAUCUGCAUUCCGUGUUUUUUUCUUUUUUUUUAACGCUGUGAAGGGACGUGGAAAAGAUAAUGGCUUGAGCUGUCAAAAUAAACAUCGCUGACGGCAACGGCGGGAGCGCAUCCUGUCGGUCUGUCGCUGUGAUUAUCUACUCCAAAAACAUGUCACAGCAUUUCAGGAUAGCAUUGUUCUUAUAUCUUUCAUUUAUAGCCGAAUGUUUUCUACCUGAUCCACACAAGUUCCUUCGCCACGUUUUGAACGAAAAUAACCACCAGCCGGCCAGCAUAGCCGAACUCGCGUGACGCGAAUUCAUUUAGCGCGAGUAUUUUAUGUACUUGGAUUUUUUUUUUUGGGGGGGGGGGGGGGGGGGGGGGAAUUGGCCUGAAGAAUUCUCUAUUGCGACCAUUCCGUUUAUAAGUCCGUUUUUCCGGGAACCGUGAGGGGUCGCAUCAGCGGGAUUCUACUGUAAUAAAAUAGCAGACUUGUAUCCAGACCAAUAUGGUAGGUAGGUAGGUAGACAUUGUAUUAGCAAUAGUCAUAUAAUCAGAUACAUGUUAAAGCAACAGCCUUUAAUCCGUCUCAUGUGGGACCACAUCUGAUAAGCAAUUCUUUCAGAUUAUUGAAUUUCAAUAUUUUCAAUGCAUAAAUAAUUAACAGCUCAGAAACUUUUCGCAACAAAUGUAUGCGUUCGGACUUAGAGAUGGACAAAGUAAUAGUAAAUUUAGGUGGAGAGGAAAUCGAACUUGCCGAGUCUAGUAAAAAGUGUAAGCCAACAAACUCGUUUCCCGUUAUUCUGUAGAGUGUGAGGCAAACAUGCCGUCACGCUCUCGGGUUAGGCCCUUCUUUCUCGGCUGCAUUCCAGACAUUCCAGUAGCAGGGAAAGGUCAAUGAUUGUGCCUUGUGAAAUACAUUGUUUAUAUAUUUUUAUAGUGAUGUGUGCAUUUUACUGUGACAUUUUAACCGAUGUAAAUGAUAUUGCAGGCAGGAUGUCAGUUGAAGUUGGUGUUGGCCAGUUGGUGGCCUGCAGACAUGUUCUAGCCAGCGGCAAUGUGUUGUGUGGUCAGCACAAACAUUACCGUUAUUUGGCCUCCAGACUCUACUUUGUGAUAUUUUAACUUGUUACGAAGUUGAAAACCAUUGGAUCAUGUAAAAUAUUGUAAAGUGUGUUGCUCAACUGAAGCAAACGAAUAUCGCAAUUCAGUAAACAUUAACUGACGGUUGCUGUUGGUGGAUACACAAGUGUGUGCAACGUGACAGCGGCACACUACCUACUUGUUUUGAAAUUUAAGAUUUUUUUUAUAAAUAAAGCUGUGAAAAAUGCUUAUAAAUCAUAUGGCCUACUAAUUAUACAUAGUAGCUAGUGUUAUCUUGCUCGUAAAAAUACUGAGUUGGCCAUCAGUGGAGUAAUAUUUAUUCCCGAUGCAAGUUGGUGUGCUGAAGCAUGAUACUGUACAAUGUAAUUCUUGAUGUAAAGCUUUAUGUAUUGUAAAAAAUUUCCAACCAUGUCAUUCCUUAAACAUGAAAACCACA